AUGAUUUGUAUUGUGCAGUAUUUAGCUGGCCAAAAUUUAGCUUUUAGGGGUGACAGUACGAAUCUUUAUGAGACUAAUAAUGGCAAUUUUUUGAAGUUAGUUGAUAAGAUUGCUAAAUUCGAUCCAAUUAUGAUGGAACACCUGAGCAAUAUUCGAAGGUCUAAAGAGUUGUGCCAAAAUAUGCCUCAUUACCUGAGCAAUCACUUCCAAAAUGAAUUAAUUCAUUUAUUGUCAAGAAAUAUUCAGAAAGAAAUUCUGAGUUGCCUCAGAGCAGCAAAAUAUUACUCAAUUAUUUUGGAUGAAUCUCCAGAUGCUAGCCAUGUUGAGCAGUUGACGGUCAUAAUUCGCUUCGUUUAUUGUUCUCCAUAUGAAGUCGAAAUUAGAGAACACUUUCUGGGUUUUUUCAAAGUUUUAAAUACUACAGGAGAAGAGCUCUUCAAUUUUUUAAAAGAAGAAAUAUUAUCAAAAUUUGAAAUAAUCCUUGACGACAUGAGAGGUCAGGGUUACGACAAUGGGGCAAAUAUGUCUGGCAAGUAUGUGGGCCUUCAAGCUCAAAUUCUAAAAAUUAAUCCCAGAGCAAUGUUUUUGCCUUGUUCAGCUCACACUAUUAAUUUAAGUGUCAAUGAUGCAGCUAAAAUUUCAUAUGAGACUCAACCGACUGACCUAUUAAACGAAUAUACCGAGGAGAAAAUCCAAAUCAAUUUCAUUGUAUCUACUCAUCAAAAAACGUCUAUUUUGAUCGAUGACUACGGCUUGGAAAGCCGGUGCAAAAUCAAGCAUGCUAUGGUGCGCCUCAACGAUGAACAUCAGACAAUCGGAACGCACCGAUUUUAUGACUCUAUCGUGAGGGAUUCAUCCAGUUGGCGGCGUCCCAACGACGAUCAGGACGUCGGAGCACGUCGCUCGUAGAGGUGGGCGUACCUUGAAACUUGCUGUCAUACUCACAAUGACAAACUUUUACCAUCGAAUAAGUUAAAUAUCUUCUCUGUCCAUCAGUUAUACAGUAAGGUAUCGCCAAAUGUGCGUCUAUUAAGUGUACUAACCAACGAAUCGUUUAAUCAAAAUUAGUGAGUGUAAUAUUCAGGCGUGUCAAAUUCAGCAUGAACUCAAUAUUGACAAAAUAGUUAUAAAAGAACUGUUACAAAUGUAACCGGUGGUCUCUACAACGAGUAGGCUAUGACGACGCGUGAAGUCGUGCUCGAAGGUGGUGCUCCGUGGGGUUUUCGCAUGCAUGGUGGAGUCGAUCAUAAUCAGCCGUUGAGGAUUUCUAGGGUUAAUCCGGGGAGUAAAGCUGCGCUUAGAGGAAUCCGAGAGGGAGAUUUGAUUUCGUCCAUCAACGGUCAAGGCACUAAAAAAUUAACAAACAUUGAAGCGCAUGGACUUUUACGCAAGGCAGGAGAUGUACUGAAAUUAGGCUUAAACGAGGAUCCAGGAGAGUCACCUAAGAGAAGACAAUAUAGAACAGUACAUCAAGAAACUUUACAAGAAACGGUAAAAAGAUCCAGCGUGACAACAUAUUCUGUAACAAAAACUUUUGAAGCUGCAGACUCGUUAUCGGAAAAUUCCAACGAAAAUUCAGUUGCCAAAGCAGGACAAUCAACUGUAAAUGGUACUUCGAACACCAUACCUCCCAGUAACUUAUUAGUAACAAGAAAAACAAGCUCUUCCAGUUCAUCAUCACCGACACUCACUAAAGAAGGUGAUCUUCGGAACACAUCGUCCGAUCAUGCUUUAGCAUCUCAAAGGUCUUCCUAUACAAAUUGCACGUUAAGUCCGUCCAGCCCUUCUAUAUUAUCCGAAGACGGCAUAUGUAGCUGUACUCCAGGCCAAGACAACAUAGAUAAACAACACGUAAUAGAUAACAUGAACGAUAACCAGAGCAGUUCAAGAUCAAAGCGACGAAGACAACGCCGAAAAAAUCAUCGAAAGAAUAUCGAAUCUACGCAAGAUAAUACAGAAAAUACUAUAACUAGCGUCGAGACUGAAAAAUACGACAAUGUUAUUAAUGAAAUUAAAAAUAUUAAAGAAGACUAUAUCGUACAAUCCCCGGGUGAACUUUCAAAAAUUAAUAACGGUAAAAAAUCUAAUGUGAAACCAGUCAAAAGCCGAAGUUUAGACGAUGAUGAUAUGGUAAAAAUUCAAGAGGUGUCUGAACUAAGUGAAACAGAAGAAAGAGAAAGUCAAGCAAUAGUUUCAGAAGCAUCUGAAAGUGAAGUUGAAUGGGAAGAAACGGCUACUUUAGAUAUUCCACCUCCUCUUCAUGGUUCUUUAAGUACCUUCACACUACCUCUCGAAGUAUGCAGCAGUGAACAAAUAACUUUGCUGUCCCCCGAAGAAGAAAAAAGUUUGCGCGACUUUCUCGGAAGUCUUAAUUUAGUAAACGGUCCAGAAGAAGCCGCGAAUAAAGUAUACGAAAAGAACUCAAUAGAAAGUAUUAAACUGCGAAAAGCUAGAAAAAAAGCCGAAUUAGACCAAUAUUUUUUACCUAUUUACCAAAAUCCUCGAUAUUUAGAUGUAAUUAGUGAAGAAUCUAGUGAUCGUGACAGUGACAGAGAACAGACAAACAAAACUCGUAUUCUUAGGAAAGGAACCCCAGAACAAGACCUACCUCCUGUACCUCCCAAAAUUCCUCCCCGACCCAAUCGCGAACGAAAAAAAUAUCUUCCCCCUAUACAACAAGCACCUGCAGUAUUAGUGGAUACAAAAUUGCUUGAAAUUCCCACAAAGUCGGAAGCUAUUUGUAGUACAACAAUUACAACUGAAGAAGGUAUAACGCCAGAUGUUGAGGUCGUUUACCUAACUUCGUCUGAAACAGAUUCUACUGAUGAAGUGGAUAGUGCCAGUAGCGAUAGCUACGUCGUUGGUUCAGAAAGAAAUAGUAGCAAUGAAGAUUUAAGUGAAAAAACAUUGGUAAAUGUCGAUGCUAAAAAUUUAAAUAAUACCGAGGAAGUACAUAUUAUUAAAAACAACAAUUCACUGGAUUUUUCUUUUAAAAAUGUGAAUAAAGGGAAUGAAAACUUGAAGACUGAAUUAUCCUCAAAGUGUUGCUUUACUAUUAAAAGCAAUAAAAGUUUCGACGACACCAAAGACACUGUAACUAUAGACUCCUUUUCUCAAUUAACACCUCCACCGACCCCUGAAAAUGUAUCUCCAAAAGAAACAAAAACUAAUAUUGAAAUAUACCAUGGUGUAAACCAAAAUAAGGCAGACUCUAAACCUGUACCAUUCGCAACAAUUAUUAACGUUUCAUCCAAAAUAAAUCAUGAUACUGGUGAUACUCAGAAUAAAAAAGAACACAUUUUAUUAAGAGAAAUAGAAAGAGAUGAUACUACAAAAUAUUUAACAACUCUUGAAAUUGAUCCAAACGCAGAAACUAUUUAUACCAACAGCAUAAGUCCACCUCCUCCUUCAAGAUCUAGGUCCUCUUCCAGAAGUGGAAGCUCAAGCCGAGAAAGUUCUCAGUGUACAGCUAAAUAUAAUCCAUCAUUGUCGUCAAUGACUGACGUUCUGUCACUAGCAAAAAAUGAAGAAACCAACUAUUACCAAGCAUUAACUCUUAGGGAAAUAUGUUUGAAAUUUCUACUAGCAUUUCCCUUUGGAAAAGAAAUGUUAGAAGAACUGGCUGACGUGUCCAAAUAUAUAGAAUCCUACACCAGAUCCCUUCCUAGCACUGUGUUACCUAAAUUAGUUCCUAACUUAGCACCGUUUGUUGACAAAGCACAUACAAACAAUAAUAUUCUUUCUUAUAACCUUUCAGUCCAUUUACCCUCCAAAAAACUGCAACUUGAGGAUAUCAUUUCUAUCAACAGCUCUGUAAAUGAAACUGAAGAAAACCUCAAAAAUAAUCUGAAAAGCAGCCAUAAUGCACUUAAUAAACAAGAAGUACCAGAAAAUGACUUUGAAAUAAAAAAUUCAAAGUUAUCUGCUUCUAUGGAGAGAAUAAUACCAAUUCAGAUUGAAACAUCUUCCAUUAAGGAAACUUCAAAAGUUGAUUCUACAUCUCGAGAAUUUAAUAUUCCUAUACAUAUUGAAAAAGUACGUGAAAGAACAAUUCCGAUAACGAUUGAGGCAAAUGAAAAACAAGACGAGAAAAAUCAAAACAGCAACGUAGCCAAAGAAAGAAUAAUUCCUGUGCAAAUUGAACAAAAAUGUCAACCUGAUGAGUAUGUGUUAAAAAAACAUGAAGUAAAUAUACCAAUUAAAACAGAAGUACCAGAUUAUCCAAGUAAAGAAUUCGUAAUACCAAUCACAAGGGAAAAUAUUAAUAUUAAAGAUAAUGAAAUAAAAAAUGUGGUAAAUAUGUCAAAGAAAGAGGUAAAUAUUCCAGUAGUAAAAGAUUGGGUUGCAUUACCCACUGAAAAAGAUCCAAAAGUUUUAAUGUGUUUAUCGCCUAAACAAAAGGAUCAACUUGAAAAAUCUAAACAGAUUCCCGAUGAAGCAGGAAAGUUGCUAGAACUACAUGAAAAAUUUAUAAACAGAAGAAGCUGCCACCAAGAUGUAAGAACAGAAUCUCAAGAAAAAGUCACUGUCACAAGUAACGUACCGGAGACCUCUAGUAGAUUGUUAUCUAUAAUAAGAGAAGAACCUUCAACGAUAACCGAUGACAAAGAUUAUAUAUUUUUUAUUGACAAAGAACCGAAAGCUAAUCGCAUGGCUACAAUACCCCGCGAUACGAAUAAAGCGCGUCUGAACGCUAAAGAUUUAAGCGAAUGGCUUAAUUUAGCUCGAAACAAAAGUAUGAGUGAAAGCAACUUGACCACCGUUCCAGAUAUUCCCGAAAAUAACUUAAGAAAGUAUUUCAAUACACCUGCGGCGCCUAUAAGACGUACGUCGUUGCCUCACGAUAUUUACGAAAAGCAAAUGAUUUAUAUUCAAGAGAAAGAGCGAGAAAUUCAACGGCAAUUAGAAGCCCUCGAGGAGGAAAAGCGAAAAAUGAAUGCCGAUAUGGCACCCUCGAAACAAUUUCACGCGGAAGACUACAAUUUUUCUCGCAAGGGCGAUUUCGCGGAGUCUAAAAAAAGACCCCUGUCUAUGCCCCUGAUUCCGACCGAAUAUUUUCGUCAACAAAUGUACGAAGAGUAUAUGGAUAAGUUUGCCGAGCGUGAAGAACGUAAACAACAUAAAAUUAUUAAGGUCACGUCGUCCAAGGACGUACACGAGGAUGAUCAAAAGGCUGUAGCCAAGGAAAUAAUUCAUCCGGUACAAAUCGAAGACGAAUUUAUGAAUAAAGUGAAACAAAAGCAGCAAGAAGGUGUACUGGAAAACCGAAAAAGUGAAGAAACAGAAAAAGAAAGCUGCACGAAAGAAGAUGAUGAUCCUCCCGUUUUGGUAAUGGACGGUGAAAAGUUAAAGGAGGCCAAAGAACUACCCAAACAUUUGCAGGAGUUCGUGGGACCAGACGGUAAGUUAAUGUGUUGUUUUGACUAAUUGUGUUGAUUUUGUUUUGUACUAAUGAUAAACUUGUGAAUGAAUA